CUACUUCCGCUUCCGUGGUCCCGUCGGUCCCAGGCUCCCUCCACUUCCGCUCUUGCGCACCAGGCGGCUGCCUCGGUAGGCGGCAUGGCCUCCUCUCGCCUGCCUCCCACGGCGCUGACGCUGAAGCAGUUCAUGAGAAGGCAACAAGUCCUCCUCCUCUACAGAAAGAUUUUGCGAGCGAUUAGGCAAGUUCCAAGCGAUGCUGACCGAAAGUACCUUCAGGACUGGGCCAGGGAAGAAUUCAAAAGAAACAAAAGUGCCACAGAAGAGGAUACAAUCCGUAUGAUGAUUACUCAAGGCAAUAUGCAGCUAAAGGAAUUAGAAAGGACAUUGGCUUUAGCAAAAUCUUAACUGAAAGGUUUUCAGAUCUCCAUGCGUUUUGCACAGGCUCAAAGCUAGCGUCACAAAGCACCAGUGGCACAUGGAAAGAUGAUCACACCAAUCACGAAUGCUCGUCAAGGCGUUAAUUUCCACUGCAGUGGCUGCGAUUACAAAGUGAACGGAUGUGAAGAUGGGAGCUUGGAACCAUGCAUUGCUCAGGUGAAGGUAGACUAUCAGCAGCCACUUUGGAAAACAGACUGUUAGUUCUUGAAAAGGAACAAGAUGGGGUUGUAACAAAUGGGUCCAUGGCCAAGAACCUGAGUUUGACCCAUGGGACCCACAUGGUGGAAGGAGAAACCACCACAGAAAGUUGGCCUCCAACCUCCACACAGGCACUGUGGCACAUGAACAAAAACCCCAAAAAAAAGGUGACAUAGAGUUACUUCAAACUUCAGCAAGUCUUGGCUUUAACCAAGAGAACUGGAACUAAAGCCAUGCCUAUAGAAAGUGUAUACGGAGUUCAGCAUUUUUUUGUUUUUGUUUUUGAGAUAGGUUUUCACUUUGUAGACCAGGCUGGCUUCAAACCCGGAGAUCCGCCUGCCUCUGCCUCUUGAGUGCUUGGAUUAAAGGUGUGAGGUGUGUGCCACCAUGACUACAUGAGUUCAGCAUUCUUCAUGAUAACCAGAUACCGGAUUCAGAGUAUCCAUUAACUGGUACUUGGGUAUAUCAAAUGUAGUGUGUUGUACAAUAAAAUAUUAUUUGCAAUAAAAAUGAGUGAAGAACUGUC